AUGGCGUCUACCAUAUUAGAGUCUGAGGCCGAAUUCACGGCCCGAGCCCAGGCCAUCAACAUGGAGGCGGCCUUCUUGGAUGCUAUCCGGAAGGCCGGCAUCAAAACGUUUGGGCGCCUGGCUUACAUAUGUGCUGUGAACCCUCAGAGCGGUGAUGAUACCGGACUGAUCCAAGCGGUCGAAGACUUGAUCAAGCGGAAGCUCGACCCGACCGAGAUCCCUGACUUGAGGAGGCUCUGGUACGAGGCCAACACGUUUGCCAUAUCGGAUCUCAAACAGAGAGUCGAAAGAUCAUCCCUCGACCCUCCUCGCGAAUUACCUCUUGCUGAGAGAAUGACCAGACUUCAAAAUCAGAAGAAGAGGCUGCAGGGGGUGGUGUUCACCGAACGGGUGGAACCGUCUCAUGGGCUCAUCGACAAAAUCCAGUCGAUGAUCGACUCCGGCGCUCUUGUAUACCUUCCGCCGCACAAGUGCCCGUCUCGAGCUUUAGAAAUUUCGGCCGAUCGUCCCGGGCAACAGGUCACGCUGGAUGCUCAAGGUGGGCUGAAGGUGUCGAAGAAACAGCUUGAGCUGGAAUGCGACGUCCAUGGAGAACUUCGCCUCCGCGAGGCCUUUACUCGACGGGCCUUGGCCUUCGACCAGCUGAACGUCCUGUCCUAUCCUUUGCAGUUCAUGAAGGAUGGCAUACUCACAUGUUUGACGCCAUCACACGCACUGAAUGCCGAUCGUGAGCUGUGGCAGCUCAUUGCUCAGGAAAGCCGAGGCGAGCUCAAAGUCGUUGCUGGCGCCGCCCCGCCGUUGGAUAAGUUCAUGGCCGCCUUGUCCACGCACACCCGUGUCAACAUCUGCCUCGCCAAUCUCCCGAAAGGCUCCGGCAAGGGUCCGGGGGGCAAGACGGAUCAUACGGGCCAGGAGGCCAAAGGGGGUCGUGGUCGCGGUGGCAAAGGCUCCAAGGGCGACAAAGGCAACAAAAGAAAAUGGGAUGACUCUGUGGACCCCAAGCGUGCUGAGAUUUUGCAGUUGCUCAAGGAGAUGCCCAAGGGUUGUGUGUCACGCAUGCCGAAGACUCGGCAAUUCCUAUGUGUCCUGUUCCAGCAUGGCAAAUGCCCUCAGCAGUCUAAGGAUCGCUGUGACCGCGGCCCUCCGGGCCUACCCACUACGGACGUGGCACCAUAUGCAGUUCUCGUCGAGUUGUGCUGUGGCUCGGCCAUUUUGUCCCACGCAGCUGCGUCCCAAGGAUGGCAGGUGUAUCCCAUCGAUCAUCACAGCAAUCGUUUUGAGUCCCUUGUUUCUUUUCUCCCGCUUGAUUUGAGCACACUCUCUUCGCGUAAGCUUGUGGAUGACCUCAUCCACCACGUGCGGCCGCUUUGGAUCCAUUUUGGCCUUCCUUGCGGCACGUCAAGCCGAGCCCGCCAGUUGCCAGUUAGCCCCAAGCUGCGUGCCAAGGGAGUCCCCGCCCCUAGGCCUCUUAGGUCGGCUAGGUUCCCCUUAGGGUUACCCGAUCUUUCACCGCUUGAGCGCCAACGUGUGGAGUCAGCUAACGCUGUCUAUGUGACUUGCGUUCAUGCGCUAUUCGCAGCUUGGAAGGCCAACGCUCUUAUCACAAUUGAGAACCCGUCUCGUGCAUGGACGUGGGCGGCUUUGGCUCAGCUUGUUACCCGCUUCGGACGUGAUCAUGGCUGCCCAGACUUUGUUGACUGGUUCUUUCAGCUUGAGGAUGUCCAUUUUUCGAUGUGCAUGCACGGGGGCCAACGCAAGAAGGACACCCGCCUACGCUCCAGCCCAGGCGCCUUCAGCUCCUUGGCCGUGGACUGUGAUGGACUUCACGAUCACGCCCCAUAUGGGCACAAGUGGUCCGGAGGCAGAUGGAACUUCGACACAGCCUCCGAGGCACAGUACCCACAAUUGUUGUGCAAGCGUCUUGUGUCAGCCGCUACUGCCGCUGUUUCGCCUGCGCUCCUGGAUGCCACGAGGCUGCACUUCCGUCUCGACUCCUUGGCUGCUGUUGGCGCCCAGACCGUGAAGCAUCCACCUUUGAUACCCGAGUUUAAGUCUGUCCUGUGGGGCGCUGAUCGCCCGAAUCAGCCAUGCAAACCGCUACCCGACGUCCCCUGUUCUCAGUGCGACAACUGCCCGGCUGCCCCCGGGUGGCCCGUCCCGUUGUCCCUUGACAUUUCGAUUGAGACCCCUCUGAGUGCCGAGCCGGCUGAAAAACUGGCGUGGACCAUGCUACAGGACCGCGAGGCGUCCCAGGAUCAGGUUCUUCAGAUGGUUUCCUUGCUGUCACAGUCUCCUAGUUCGAGGCGAGCCAAACUACAUGAGGGCUUGGCGUGGAUGACUGGGGCUUAUGUCUUCGGGCCUCAAGCUGGGCUGCAUGGGGCCUCGUCUUCUAUGCCGGCUGUCAGCUGCGUUUUGGCCCAGUUGGCCCGACAUUUCGCACCGCAGGCUGCCUUUUGCGCUUUGGCUGUCUUUUCUGACUUCUACAGCCCUCGGCAUGUGGAUCAACACAACGAUCAUUCUUUCAUGAACGUGGUCAUUCCGCUUUCCUGCUUCCGGCAAGGAGGCAUCUCUGUCAACGAUACCGUUCUACCGGUGUCCGAGGGACCCUGUUUCCUGCAGUCAGCCAUGCCGCACGAGGUGCUGCCAGCCCUGGGCAAGAGAGUCACUCUGGUGGCUUAUGUUACGCGGGCCUGGCAAGGUCUGUCCCCUGCCCAAUGUCAGACCUUGCGGAGCUUGGGUUUUCUCUUGCCAUCAGACUGCCAAUCACCCUCCAACACGGCGGGGGAACAUGAAGCCGGGCGAUUGGUGCAUUCUCAGCCUGGAGGCCCUAAGGCGUGUGCUUGGGGAAUCUACCAUUCGAUGGAGGAGCAUGUGCAGAAGGCCUCAAAUUUGAAUCACCCAGUGGACUCUACGGGGUCAGUGCCGGACAACAUCAGAAGGGCCAUUUUCGACAUUGCCACAUUGGGACCAACCUUCAUUCGGGAGCUGAGGGAGAAGGAGAUCGUCUCGAUCGAGAAGAGGGCAGCUGAGCUAGGCAGCGACAACAAGCACCCCAUCACCAAGGGCAAGUGUCUUUCCUUGUUCAGGGAGCUGGUGACUGAGACACUGUUCCCCGACCUUGAAGUUUGCACCUUUAUGGAAGAGGGCGUCCCUUUGGUUGGAAUCGAGCCUUCUUCUCCAUUGUUUCCACCGAGACCCAGACCGAUGAAGGCGACCCCGGAGCAGCUUGACUCUCAGGCUGCAUGGAGAAGACGUGAGCUUCUGUCGAAACCUCCCCAGGCCUUGGCCGAUGACGAAUUGGAGAUUCUCAAUGCCGAGACCGAGGAGGAGUGCCGAUUGGGAUUCCUGGAAGGGCCAUUCUUUGACGAAGCUGCAGUCACGGAAAGAUUAGGCUCGGAGGAGUGGUCUCCCAGCCAACGCUUUCUUCUCCUCCAGGGCGAAGAGCGCAAGCCCAGAGUCAUAGAUAACCUUCGCGACUCGGGCGUCAACGCAUCGUUCGGAUCUACAUCGCAUCUUCAUCUCCACGAUAUAGACUUUGUAACUGCCCUGACGAUGCUCAUAGCCGACGUCUGGAACUGCAAGGACGAGGUCAGGGUCCCGCUGUCCACGGGGGAGGUUCUCACUGGCUGUUGGCAUCCGGAUAGCUUGCGGGCCGAGUGGACGGGCCGAUGUUUCGACUUGUCGAAGGCCUACAAGCAGGUCCCAGUGCUCGAAUCAUCCCUCAAAUACGCUGUGAUCGCGAUGCCUGAUCGAAAACGCAAAUGGGUCUUCUACCUGGCUCGUGGUCUUCCCUUUGGUGGCAGUGGAUCCGUCUUUGCAUUCAACAAGGUGUCGAGAGCGAUAUGGCAUGUGGCCGUGGAGAAGCUGCGCAUGGUGACCUCAGUGUUCGUAGAUUUCCCGACUCUUGAAAUUGGGCCUCUAACCCAAAGUACAACUUCGGUCUUUUCGCGACUGCUGACGGCCCUCGGCUGGGUCCAUGCUACCACUGGCAAGAAAGCGAUUGACUUCACCAGCAUGUGGGUAGCACUUGGCGCCAAAUUUGAUGUUUCUAAACUUCAUGAAGGUCGUCUUGAAAUUUCAAACAAGGAGGGGAGAGUCGAUCGGAUUCGAGGCAUGGCAGGUGCGAUGCUUGACGAAGGUGCUGAUCUGCGCCAGCUGGCGACUUCGCUGCAUGGCUUGCUUAACUUCGCCUCAGGCUUCACCCUCGGAUCGUCCCUGAAACCGAUUGCAAGGAUCUGUUCUAGAAUUUCAGCGCGGCCUUCGAGCUUUGGGGCGGAAGCGCUGAAGCAAAUGAAUGACCUGCUUGCUGCGACUCUCUCAUCUCUCAGACCGAGGACGAUUACCGUUUCUGACCCCAGGAAGCCGGUGAUCGUCUACACCGACGGGUCCUAUGAGGACGAAGUUGCCAAGUGGGGUUCUUUCUUCGUGGACCUAGAGUCGGGAGAGAAGUUCGUCUUGGCCGGAGUCGUUCCAGAAGAGAUCCGUAAGAUGUGGCACACUCAAGUCGGCGAGCAAAUCAUCUGCGAGGUGGAGCUCUUCGCUGUGGUCUGCGCGAAGUGGGUUUAUGGUAAGAGGAUGUCUGCUCGCAAGGCGUUCAUCUUCAUAGAUAACAACUCUGCGCUUGCGACUCUUAUCAAACGAAGCAGCCAGUCAGAAGCGAUGUUCAGACUGAUGGCGCUCGUAAAUGUCUUGGACUCGGUACACCCUGUCGGAGCAUGGUAUCACCGGGUCCCUUCCAAGAGCAACCCGGCUGACCUGCCGUCGAGGGACGAGUCCAGCGAGCUUUGCCGCAUCUUCAAUGCCAUUGACCAGGGUGAGUUUACGCCCCCUGAGGAGAUGGUCAGAUUCAUCAUGGAGCCGAGUUUCUGUGUUGCAUCGCUCGAGGCUGCUGUGGCUGCUUAUACGAAGCAUCAGCCAUGA